AAUAGUGCUCCUACUUUCACCUUUAUCUCCAUCUCAACACUUAGCCUUAAUUUCUUUAGCAAUUGAUCUAUAUCCUCUCACAAUAUUUCUCUUUGUUUCUCUCUCUGCUUAAGUUCAACUAUGGAGUUGAAGUUCUUUCACAUUCUCACAUACCUUUCAUUGGCACUAGUAGCAAGUUAUGCAGCUCUUCCAGCAUCGACGGGUGAAACAUAUUGGAAUACUAAGCUGCCUAAUACUCCCAUGCCUAAGGCAAUCAAAGAAUCUCUGCAGCCUUCUGGAUUGACAGAGGACAAAAGCACUUCCGUAGGAGUGGGCAAAGGUGGAGUGGACGUCAACACCCCCGGCCACCACGGCGCCGACGUCAACGUGGGCCACAAAGGCGGUGUCAACGUAAACACCCACCACGGGACCCACGUUGGUGUCCGCAAAGGAGGUGUUGGCGUCUACACCCCUGGCCACCACGGACACCCACCGGUAUCCGUCGGUGUCAAGCCUGGACCAAAUCCGUUCGUUUAUAAUUACGCUGCUAAAGAUGAUCAGCUUCAUGAUAACCCUAACGUGGCAUUGUUUUUCCUUGAGAAAGACUUGCACCAAGGGAGUAACAUGAAAUUGCAGUUUGUGAAAACUACAAACGGUGCCGCUUUCUUGCCUCGACAAGCUGCAAAUUCUAUUCCCUUUAGCUCAAACAAGAUGCCGGAAAUUCUUAACCAUUUUUCUGUUAGCCCCGACUCUGAAGAGGCUCAGGUCAUGAAGCAAACUGUCCAAGAAUGUGAAGAGCCAGGUAUUAAAGGAGAAGAGAAGUACUGUGCAACUUCAUUGGAAUCCAUGGUUGAUUUCAGCACAUCAAAGUUAGGAAACAAAGUGAAACCAUUGUCAACAGAGACAGAGAAACAAACCCCAAUGCAGAAAUACACUAUCCUAGGAGCCAAGAAGAUGGGAAACAAUAAAAAUGGGAAAUCUAAUGCUGUAGUUUGCCACAAACAAAACUAUGCAUAUGCAGUAUUCUACUGUCACCAAACAGAGACAACAGAGUCAUACUCAGUUUCAUUGGUGGGUGCUGAUGGAACAAAGGCUAAAGCAGUGGCUGUUUGCCAUAAGGACACGUCAGCAUGGAACCCUAAACAUUUGGCUUUCAAAGUGCUUAAGGUUACACCUGGAUCUGUUCCUGUUUGCCAUUUCCUUCCUGAAGAUCACAUUGUCUGGGUUCCCAAAAGCUAGAGAUAUUAUAUAGGGAUGAAGUCUAAUUAUCUUUUUAUUUGGGUUGUUCUUAUGCAAUAAUUCAGAAUUAUGUUGUGCUUGUUAAACUUUUAUCUUGUUGUAUGAUAAUACCGCAGUAUACAAAUAAAUAAUAUGUUUCACAUUUUCAAACUUAUAUACAAGUUCUUCUAUA